CACACCUUCGCUACUCGCUCGAAUGCCUUCUGCCUUGCAAGCGGAACUGAGGUUCUCGCAAGUUCUUACCUCCAAUUGCCGACAGUGUGCACGUCGACAAUCCAGCAGAACAAGGUCUUUUCAUACCGCUUCCCGGUUCCGAGCUCCUCAAGAUCCUUCGAAUAACGCCGGCCCUGCAGCUGGCCCGGGCAUUGGGGACGAUGCGAGCCGUCGCGCUGAAAGGGAGGAGCUAGCAAGGCAAAGAGAGCUGGUGGUGAACAAAAAAGCUCAUGCCGUCCCGUCAGCAAAACCUGCCUCCGAAGAUGCGACUCCAACAUCAGCGCCCAACUUUUAUGGCUCCGCUUCGAAAAGGCGAAUGCGUAGCCGCAUGGUGAAAGAGGGCGAACCUGAGUACACCCCGCCACAAUGGUUUGUGGAUGGUAACAUAUGCUUGUAUGGGGAAGACGCCCUGGCAGUUGGGACGCGGUCAAGGGUACAGAAGGUGGCUGCAGAUCUGAUUACUGGGGAGCCUUUGGAUCAGCAUCUGUCUCCGAGCUCUGCCGGUGCACCAUCUCGACCCCCUGGAGACGGCGAUAGCCAUCCUAGUUCCGUCAAAGAAUCCACCCCCGGCCAUGAAGGAGACCUCCAAUCUGAAAAUCCAAAAGGCGCAGACAGGCCAACUCCUGCCCCACAAACGGAUGGACCAUUCCAAAAAAGAUACUAUGUGCUGGAUGAGCAGUAUGAAGAGGUGACACGGACUGCCAGAGGCCUCUUGCAAAUUCAAGUGACACAAAGCCGCCCACAAGAAAGCGAAAUGCUGAGAGAACACCUGCUCAUACGGUAUGCUGGCAAAGAUGGUGAUCUGUUGUUGGAUCAUGUCGUGGAAGAUCUGGCGCGUGACCUAGGCUGCGAUCUUGUGGUUUUGGAUGCACAGGACAUUGCGAGCUUGAUCGCUCAGACAGCACCAGAACCUCGCAUCGCCAACUCCGGGCGUAUGCUGAGCUACGACGUUUAUACAGAAGCAUUCUCCGACUCCUCCUCAUCCAGUCGCCUCCAGGAGUCGAAGGAAGAAGAUGACGACGACGAAGAUAUCCUGGAUGAUUUCGAAGGGCCGCCUACUUCUUCAAUGGGGAUGCCGGUUCUAAUCGGAAAGCCUUUCCUCGAUUUAAAGUCAAUGUUUGGGUCUUCAGAUCGUAGACCACGAUCAGACAUAUUCGGGCGGCAAUUGAGCAGGCUAUUUUCGGACUCAUCGAGCUCAUCCAGAUCGAGUUUAAAAUCACACGACCGACUUCGAGAGACGCCAAAGGUGAUUCCAAGCCUGCUGACUGCUAUGUCGGAUCGUCAAAAGCUCGGUACUCAAUCCGAGUUAAAAGACCUCCGUGAAUAUACCGCGAAACAGAAUGGGCUGGCGAGGGACGCUGUCAUCAUCCACGUCAAAGAUCUCGAAUCUAUUCAGGACACCACCAUGGGCAAUGUAUUCUUACAAGGAUUGUACAAAUACGUCUCGGAACGGAGGAAGAUGGGCUCACCUUUGCUUCUUGUCGGGACCGAUACUCUUCGUGAGGGACAAGAGCCAUUCACUCAGGAGCGGAUCAAAAGUUAUCAGCAAGGCGACCGAGAAGAGAUCUCGCAGAAUAUUAUCAUCACUCCAGUCUUACCAAACACAACAUCAAAGCUCGCACUUCUUCACGAUCGAAAACAGCGGAUUGCCACGGUUAACAUGCGACAUCUGUGGGAACUGAUGCAAUAUCAGAAGCCAUCUAUAUUCGCCCACCUCGAGCCCGGCUUUUGGCGACGCGAUUUCUUCAACCAUCUCGCCCGAAGUGACAGGUCAUGCUUAGAAGCUCACAUCUGGUCGUAUUCAUAUGUGCAACGAUUGGCGACGUACAUUGCUGGCGCUGCUCCUGCUAUUCAGAAUAUUCCAGGGAUCACCGACAAGGAAGAGCUCCAAGAGUCUCUGGCUGCUGUUCAAGGUCUCUCGGAUCCCGUCAUUAGCGGAGCAACAGCCCAUCUGAACCAUAGCGACAAAACGAAGAUGCGAUGGGCUGAGAAGAACGCCAAGGAAAUCAAGCCAGAAUCCCCGGAUCGCCUGAUAUCCAAGGAGGAUCCUCGACUCGCCUCAAUCCGUGCUGGAGCGUCAAAGUACGAGAAGCGAUUGAUGGGUGGCAUCAUCGAAGCCAAAAACAUCACCACAACAUUCAACGAUGUGCAUAUGCCCGUAGAGACAAUCGACACACUGCAGACCCUGACUACUCUAUCUCUGAUCAGGCCUGAUGCUUUCAAAUAUGGUGUCCUCGCUUCGGACAAGAUUCCCGGUUUGCUGCUCUAUGGCCCACCAGGUACUGGCAAAACUUUGGCAGCCAAAGCUGUCGCCAAGGAGUCCGGCGCGACCAUGCUUGAGGUCAGCGCCGCCGACAUCAAUGACAUGUACGUGGGCGAAGGGGAGAAGAAUGUCAAGGCUCUCUUCGGUCUUGCCAAGAAACUGUCACCAUGCGUCGUGUUCCUGGAUGAAGCCGAUGCUAUGUUCAGUGCACGGAGCAAUCAAGGCCGCCGUGUAAGUCACCGGGAACUUCUCAACCAGUUCCUCAAGGAGUGGGACGGUAUGAGCAACGAUUCGGGAAGUGCGUUCAUCAUGGUCGCUACCAACCGGCCCAUGGAUCUGGAUGAUGCUGUCCUUCGUCGACUUCCGCGUCGCUUGCUUGUCGAUCUUCCUACGGAGCCUGACAGGCUGGAGAUUCUCAAGAUUCACCUCCGUCACGAAAAGCUUGCCGGGGACGUUGAUAUUCCGGACCUUGCGAAGCGAACGCCGUUCUACUCCGGCUCAGACUUGAAGAAUGUCGCUGUCGCUGCUGCGUUGAACUGUGUCCGCGAAGAGAACGAUCUGGCGAAACGACAUCAGGGCGACGAGCCGUAUAAGCAUGCUGAACGCCGGACGUUGGCAAAAAAGCAUUUCGACAAGGCGCUCGAAGAGAUCUCGGCGAGUAUCUCGGAGGAUAUGACUUCACUGAGAGAUAUCAAGAAGUUCGAUGAGCAAUAUGGCGAUAAGCGUGGGAAGAAGAAGAAAGUGCCCAAGCUCGGAUUCCCGACGCGAGAUGAAGAUGCAGCACGAGAUACAAGGAAAGUGAGGGAUUGAAUUUGGUAGUUGUGUAAUUCUAGAUAGAAUCGACGGAGAAGACUGCAUAGCAUGUACAGUACGGAGUACUACUACUAGAUGUCAUCUACUGCUGAGGCCACUGGGCUAAACCAGAUACAGACACCGGCUUAGCGAUGAUGGCGACAACGUUCCUGAUUGUGCCGAGGUACAGAUACACAUACCAGUACCUAAUAUACAU